CAAAUGGACCAACCUUCAGGCCCAGAGAACCCUGACCAGCAGACCACAGGAACAGCAGCAGCUGUUGGUACUGAAGAAGUGUCCAGCUCUGCUCAAGAGGAUGACACUCAAAUGGACCAACCUUCAGGCCCAGAGAACCCUGACCAGCAGACCACAGGAACAGCAGCAGCUGUUGGUACUGAAGAAGUGUCCAGCUCUGCUCAAGAGGAUGACACUCAAAUGGACCAACCUUCAGGCCCAGAGAACCCUGACCAGCAGAUUAAAACAGGUUGCCAAAAUGAAGAUGAGACUUUUGUUCCAAGAUUACGACGGACAAAAAGUAUAAUGAUGAAAGAAAAAAUUCCUGAAUUCUCCGAUGAGCUAUUUGAUUCCUCAUUGACUGAUGUGUCAGUGAGUGUUGAUGAGUAUGUCCCAGAUACUACUUCAGAAAGUGAAGACAGCGAUGUUAGCCUCUCACUAGUUCCAAAACGGACCCUUCCUGUUUUGAGUAACCCUGGUUCAAUGAGUCCUCCAGUCUGUGACAGCACAACACUUGACGAUGGAACCUUUGACAGCAACAGCAUAACACCUGAAGUCACUGGAGCAGAGACACCCUGCUCAAGUCAGGACAUGAUGGACACUGUAGUUGUUGGUGUUUCCCAAAAGAAAGAUGGCCACAGAGUUUAUAACAAGAGACAUUACUGUUUGUAUUGCAGCAAACCUUAUGCUAAGAUGGCAAGGCAUCUAGAGAGUGCACACAAUAAUGUAUCAGAAGUGGCCAAAGCACUGAGCUUUCCAAAGAGUUCUGCGGAGAGGAAGAAACAGCUUGACUACAUUCGCAACAAAGGCAACUACGCUCACAAUGCUACUGUUAUGGAGUCAGGAAAGGGUGAACUCGUGCCAUUCAAACGACCAACCGACGAAGUCAAAGGAGACAAUUUCAUGCACUGUGCAUACUGCCAAGGUCUUUUCAAAAGAAGGGUCCUGUGGAGACACAUGCGAUGCUGUCAGGUCAGACCUGCAUCAGCCACCCUGAAACCAGGAAAGAACCGUGUUCAGUCCAUGUGCAUAUACACAGGACCUGUGCCUUCACACAUGUCUAAACAGCUGUGGGGAGUAAUCAGUGCCAUGGUUCCCGAUCCAAUCACAGAGAUCAUCAAAAAUGAUCAUGUCAUCAUUGAUGUUGGGCAGCACCUGUUGAAUAAAGGUGGGAUGUCAGCCAAGAAUCAACAGCAUGUCCGAGAGAAGAUGCGGGAAUUGGGAAGGCUGAUCCAUGCUGCAAAGACAGUAACUGCUUUAAAAAAAAUGGAGGACUUCAUACAUCCAAAGAAUUACUUGGAGAUGGUGAAAGCAGUCAAGAAAAUGUGUGGCUUUGACAGUGAAACUAACAAGUUCAUGAUUCCAUCACUGGCAAAUAAAAUAGGGAAUGCCUUAGUUAAAGUCAGCAAACUCCUAAAAGCUCAGGGUUUGAUGUCAAACAAUGAUGACCUAGUAAGGAAUGCCACUCAAUUUCAAGAGGUCCACAGUGAGAAGUGGAAUGAGCUGAUAUCUGCAACAGCCCUUAGGAACAUUGCUGAAAAAAAGUGGAAUGUGCCAGCUCUCAUGCCCUUUACAGAGGAUGUUCAAAAAAUGCAUCAGUUUCUCAGUCAAAUGCAGGACGAGUAUACCAGUGUGCUGUCUGAAAAUCCCUCUACGAAGGCCUGGGCAGACUUGGCCAAAGUAUGUUUAACACAGACCAUCCUCUUUAACCGACGCAGAGAAGGAGAAGUUGCAAGCAUGCCUUUAUCUGCAUUUCUGUCCAGGGACACAACUGAUCCACAUGAGGAUGUGGACUGGGCACUCUCUGAAGUGGAAAAAGCACUGUGCCGGCAUUUUUCAAGGAUAAUCAUCAGGGGAAAGCGAGGCAGACCGGUUCCUGUUCUCUUGACUCCUAAGAUGCUGUCUGCAUUAGAACUCCUUGUGAAGCAGAGAGAGGCUUGUGGGGUUCUCAAGGACAACCUGUACAUGUUUGCACGACCUGCAGCAAUGUCACAUUUCCGUGGUUCAGACUGCAUGCGUAACUUUGCUAAAGUGUGUGGUGCAAAAUGUCCCAAGUCACUAACAUCCACCAAACUGCGGAAACAUGCUGCCACCCUUUCAACGGUGCUAAACAUGACCGACACCGAGAUGGACCAGCUGGCAAACUUUCUCGGUCAUGAUAUUAGAAUCCACCGUCAGUUCUAUCGACUCCCUGAGAAGACUCUGCAACUUGCAAAGAUCAGCAAAGUUCUAAUGGCACUCGAGCAAGGAAGAUUAGCAGAGUUCCAUGGCAAGAACUUGGAUGAAAUCAUGAUCGGUCCAAAUGAAAAGGCUCUGGAAACUGAUGAGGACGAUGUGAACAGAGAGGAAGGAGACCAUUCACUCCCUGAUAAAGAACUAUCAGCAGAGGAGACUCUUCCACCCCAGGAGGAGAAUGUAGUCUUACCACCACACAAGAGACCCAGACCGCUACCACCAGAGGAAGAGGUAUCCUCUGGAGUCAGUGCUGUGAGACCUUCUUCUAAAGGAAAAACUCCGCAGAAAAGGAGAUCCUGGCAGCAGCUGGAAGUCAAAGCUGUUGAAACACAUAUGACUCGCUUCAUCACGUCUGGUAUCGUGCCGGCUAAGAGCGACUGUGUGAAAUGUUUAGAGGCUGAACCGGAGGCUCUCAAAAACCGCGACUGGAAGGCUGUAAAAUUUUAUGUGUACAACCGUAUUAAUGCCUACAAAAGAAAAACACAGUUUAAAUAGAAAGAAGAUUAUAAGCACAUGAUUAUGCAGUUUAGACAUGGUUUACUUAUAGGUUAUUUGUUUUACUAGUGUCCAUGUUAAAUGUUUUCAGAACUGAGUUUCAACCUUAAAAAAACUUGAACUGGCAGGCCUGGAAAAGUUAUGUUUAGAAGUGAAAAACAGUUUGAGUAAACAGGUAUUGUAUCCAGAUUUUUUUCCCCCUUUAUUUACAGGUUUCUCAGCAAACACAGGAUUUCAUGUGAUGCUGAAGUGUUAAAUGCAUAUAGAUGCUGCUACAGUUUACAGUUACAUCGGCAAGUUGAUUUACCAAGUUCUUGCAUUGUUUACUUGUU